AUGACACGAUUCAGGCCAUGUAUCGACCUGCAUGCUGGUCAGGUGAAGCAGAUCGUGGGCGGAACCCUCGGUAGCUCUACCGCCGAGCUCAAGACGAACUAUGUUUCGCAACACUCCGCGGGCUAUUUUGCCAGUCUGUACCGAGAUCAUGAACUUGAUGGCGCGCACGUGAUUAUGUUAGGCCCUGGGAACGAGGAAGCUGCAAAGGAGGCUUUGGCAGCAUGGCCGGGUCAUCUUCAGGUUGGAGGAGGGAUCAAUGAUAAGAACGCUGCUAUGUGGAUGGAGCUAGGUGCUAGUAAGGUCAUCAUCACAUCCUUCCUCUUUCCAGAGGGCAAAUUCAGCCAGGAGCGGUUGAAUGCCGUGCUGGCUGCGCUUAGCGAGCAAAAAGAACAUCUCGUCAUCGAUCUUAGUUGCAGGCGGCGAGGUGAUGAUAAGUGGUUCGUGGCUAUGAAUAAGUGGCAGACUAUUACAGACAUGGAGGUUAACCAAGAAUCCAUAAAAUCUCUGGAACCAUAUUGCUCCGAGUUCCUCAUCCAUGCGGCCGACAACGAGGGCCUACAAAAAGGCAUCGACGAGCAACUUGUCCAGAGGCUUGCCGAGUGGUGCAACAUACCGGUGACGUAUGCUGGCGGCGGGAGAAACCUCGAUGACCUAGAGCUAGUGAAAAAGUUAAGUAAAGGUAAAGUAGAUCUCACUAUUGGCAGUGCGUUGGACUGCUUUGGCGGUACAGGGGUCAAAUUUGAUGAUUGUGUUGAAUGGAAUGCUAAACAAUAG